AGGUCAUAUGACCGAUAUAAAAGGAUGCUUUACUCAAAUGUCUUUCUGCAGGAAGAUUAAGCAAACGUGUAGCUGUAGUGCUGUGAACGAGUUCAAACACCGUCUUCACCGACCCAGAACAAUAUCACACAAACACAGGCUUUAAACGGCAACAUGGAGAAAAUCAUCCUACAGCUUCCUCUGAUAUUGCUGGCGUUGCAUAUUCAAAGUGGAGCGUUCUCUGACAGUCCUGUUCUUGAGAUCGUCGAAGCUCCAAAGCCAGAAGUCGUGGAGUUCAACAACACAAUCUACGGCACUUGUGAAGUAACUCCCGUCACUAAUUUACCACCCAGCCAGCCAGAGAUCGUUGGGCAGGUGCUUUUCAAGCAGAUCUUUCCCAAUGGAACUCUAGAAGUGAAAAUCAACCUCCAUGGUUUGCCUGCCGAUGAUCAGCAAGCGCGCGCCAUCCACAUCCAUCAGUACGGAGACCUCAGUCAAGGGUGCGUCACUGCUGGUGCUCACUACAAUCCACAGGCGGUCGACCAUCCCGGUCAUCCCGGAGACCUGGGCAACUUUGUUUCUGAGCAAGGAGUUAUAAGGAAGUUCAUGAGGCUCCCGGAGGCCAAGCUGUUCGGGGGUCAUUCCGUUCUGGGACGUGCGGUGGUGGUUUAUGAGAAGGAGGAUGAUCUGGGAAUGGGGUCGGAUGAGGAGAGCAAACUCAGUGGGAAUACUGGGGAGAGAAUCGCUUGCUGUGUGAUCGGCAUUACUUCUCCAAGACUGUGGCAGGAGACUGAACCGUUCCCUGGAGAAGAGGUGGAGGAGGGAAACGAGUGAAAAAGAUGAGAGCGGCGGAUGUGGAGCAGAAGAAAAAAUGCAUUCUGUUUGUGAUUUGAUACUUGAUACUGUUUACAUUUAAGAACUGUGAUUGAAAUGGGACGAUGAUUAACCUUCACUCUAAAAAAUAAAGCUCAGUCAAUACGUGCCA